UCUUCCACACUAGAAUAAUCUUCCUUCUUUCUCCCAUUUUGGCAUUCAUUGUUUUUUCCUCAACAGCCGCUCGCUCUCUUAUUACAUCCUCCUAUUUCAAAUACUCAACAACCAUUCCAUUUCAUCAUUCAAGAUUCUUGUCGUGGAGCACUUUGUCAGCUGAUUCAAUCUCCCAGUGAGUUUUAGCAUCUGCGAUUUGAGAUUUCAUCUACAAUUUUCACUCCUCAAGAGCGAGCGGCCAAAACCAGAGCAUUCAAGAAAACAGAGCACAAAAGAAAAAAGAGCAAGAAUCUUUAUCUUCUACAUCAUUCUAGAUGGAUUCUUCUAAAAUUAAAGGAAAAUCGAAGAAGAUGACGGGAAAAGGAAACGCCAUGGAUUUCGAUGGAGACGUAGCUCUUGAUGAAGCUUCCAUCUCAAAUCGCCCUUUCAAGAAAGUCAAGAGCCCUGACCGCGGCCAGAAUUCAUCAUCUUCAUCUUGGACGCCUCCGCCGCUUCUACCCGCAAUGACAUUUCCGCCGCCAUAUUCCCCCUUCUCAACGGAGAAUUCGCCGCAAUUGGGGUCGAAUCCGACCCCGUUGCUCCGGCCGCAGCAGCAGCAAAUGAUCUCAUUCGUGCCACAUUACCAGCAAAACACGGCGUUCCCGCCGUAUUUUGCUGGGGAGGCGGCGGCCGGCGCGCCUCCCCGUCAGCAGCAGCUCCAGUUGCUGCAGUACUGGAGCGACGCGCUCCAUCUGAGCCCGAGGGGGCAGGCGGUGAUGAUGAGCCGCCUCGAGCAGCACGGGCGAGCGGCGUUGUACCGCCCGCCCGCGAUGCCCCUCUCGGCGACGAAGCUCUACCGGGGCGUGCGGCAGCGCCACUGGGGCAAGUGGGUCGCGGAGAUCCGCCUCCCACGCAACCGCACGCGCCUCUGGCUCGGCACGUUCGACACAGCCGAGGACGCCGCCCUCGCGUACGACCGCGAGGCGUUCAAGCUCCGCGGCGAGAAUGCGAGGCUCAACUUCCCUGACCUAUUUAUCGGGAAAGCGGCGCCCCAGCCAGUAUUAGCUACAGAUGACGAGGAAAAUUCCACAUCAUCUGUCGUUGAACCUAAUCCGCCGCUAAUGCCAGUAGCGACGGAUGAGGCAGAGGAAGAGCCCCCGCCUUCUGCACCUACAGAAGGCGGGGGCAGUGCAGAUGGCUCGUAUCCUGCAUCGUCAGAGCUUGUGUGGGACGACAUGCCGGAGGCGUGGUUCGACAGAGUUCCGGCGGGGUGGGGUCCAGGGACUGCAGUGUGGGACCAUUUGGAUUCAAAUAAUAAUUUGAUGCCUCCUCCAAAACUUCCUCCAUUUGAGUAUAUUAAGCAUCAAGACUCUGAAAAUCAUUCAGAUGCACAGAAACAGAACAACAGAGAUUCAUCAUCAUCAUCAUCUUCUUCUCAACCAUUCUUUUGGAACUACUAACUCACAUGAACAAGAAAAGGAGAAACAUGUUUUAAGUCAUCUCCUUUUCAAUUCUUUGAGGGCUGCAUAUUAGAGGCCAAUCUGCAUGGGCAUGUGAUUUUAUGUCAUUAGUUUUAGUUUAUCUGUUAAUUAGGGGUUUCUGUUGUGGAGAGUGUUUUGUCAUCUCCUUUGCAUUGUGAUUUUAUCCAUCAUUGUUUCAUAGAUCUAUUUUUGUUUUGAUCUAUGGGGAGAUGGAAAUCAAUCAGUUGUUAAUUUCUGUUAAAAUUAUUAGUAUGAUUGUUACUGUUGCAUUCAAUAUUUUUUAUUUUGAUUAAAUUCAUCAUUGUAAUAAGUA